AUGGAAAAAGUACCCAAAAAUAACAAGAAAAAGAAAACAAUUCAGGCACAAUUAGCCAAUAAAGAUGGCGUCAUGAAGUAUUCGAAACCGAGAAAUAAAAUCAAUGAAAAACCAGUAGAGGAAAAUAUCGAAACGAUUAAUAAUAUAAAUGAAGUAGAAAACAAAAACGAUGCUAUAAUUGAUAAACGAGUAGACGUUAAUGUUAAUACUAAUAUUACUGUAAUGAAAAACUGUGUAAAAGCUCCUAAAAAGCAGAGGGAUGAUAAGGUUAAAGAAAAAAAUAUUAAAGCCAAGUUUAUAGCGCCGAUAAAAUCUCAAAUUCAUGUAAAAGACAUUACGUAUAACAUAACUAUAGUGAAUGAAACCAAUUUAGCCCAAUGUUUAACACACUUGCAUAACACGGAGACUCAAGAAGUGGUGAUAGGUGCGAGUUUGAUAGAACCGGACAAUACCCCGGAAAACUUCUCCGACCUACAGCAGCUAUUGAACUUCAAGGCAGAGUACACGAUCGCAACAGCCUGCGUCCUGCAGAAGUGCGCCUGGUACAUGACGUCGCUGGCACUGUGCGCGGCCACACUGCACAGAGAGCUCGUUGAAAGGGAGCUUUGGAAGCUCUUUGUGGAUGUCGAAAUGCCUGUACUUCCUGUUAUUGCAGAAAUGGAACAUCGCGGAGUUUGCGUCGAUCUCGAGAAGCUGAAAUCGAUGGAGGGCGUGUUACUGAAACAGAUGAAGGCAAUAGAGCUGGAGUGCCACAGGGCGGCCGGGAAGAGCUUCCAGGUGAACUCCGCGGCGCAGGUCAGGUCCAUUCUGUACGACGAGCUGCAGUUGGACACCAAGUGCAAUGUCAAAGUUAGAGAGACUGUCUGCAAGGGAGCGAAGUCUACUUCCGAAACUAUGUUACGAAGUCUUAUGUCAGUGCACCCGCUGCCUCGCCUCAUCCUGGAGUACCGCCACCUGCACAAGGCGCACGCGACCUUCCUAGCUGGCAUUGUGCCGCACGUCAGAAAUGGGAUCGUCAGACCGACUUGGAUACAAACGGCAGCAGCCACGGGUCGCAUCGCGUGCAGCAAUCCCAACUUACAAGCAAUACCUAAGACUGCGUUCAGUUUAGUUCUCUUCCCUCAGGAGAAAGAUCAUGACGUCGAAAGCGUGGCUCUGAAGUUCCGGUCGGUGUACACGGCGCGGGCGGGCUGCGCGCUGCUGGCGGCGGACUUCAAGCACGUGGAGUGCCGCGUGUUCGCGCACCAGGCCGCCGACACCGGCCUGCUGGCCGCGCUCGCCAGCCCCGACCUGUUCAGGGAGCUCGCCGCCAAGUGGCUAAACAAGUCGGCAGCGAGUGUGAGCGCGGAGGAGCGCGAGCGCACGAAGCGCAUCGUGUACGCGAGCCUGUACGGCGCCGGCAGCAGGAAGCUCAUGGAAAUACUCGACGUGUCUUAUGAUCACGCUCUGUCCAUUGUUUCUAGCUUCAAUCGAACAUUUCCCGCAAUGAAAACGUUCGGUAGGUGGGUAGUGAGUCAGUGCGAGCAGAGCGGCGGGCGCGUGCGCACGGCCAGCGGCCGCACCAGGACCUUUCCCAACAUUAACAGCAAUGACUUCGCGACCAAGGCGCAUGCGCAGCGACAAGCUAUCAAUUUUGUUGUACAAGGGCUGGCGGCGGACGUCAGCAAGGCGGCGAUGUGCCGCACGGCGCGGCGGGUGGGCGCGCCGCUGCUGCAGAUACACGACGAGCUGCUGUGGGAGCUGCCGCAAGACCGCGUCGCAUCCGCCGCUGAAAUAAUAAAAAGCACGAUGGAGGAGUGCGGUCGCGAGUUCGGUAUAACCGCGCCGCUGCCCGUGGCGCUCUACAGCGGAGCCAGUUGGGGGGACUUGACCGAGUUCACACUCGACCAUAUUGGGAACAGCGAAUAAUCUAUUCAUUAAUUCUUAUGUCUAGUAGUUUGCCUAGCCGCAAAUUUACAAAUAAAAAACU